GGCGUUCAGGUAACUUCGUCUCGACCGCUGCACGAGCUGGCACUGGCGCCAUUAAACAAAAUGGCACGACGCCAACCCGCGAUUCGCCCCCAAAUUCGCGAUUCCCCGCCCCGCUCCGGCUAAGAUUCCGUCCGCGUCGAGCCCCCGUUCCCCGAAUCGGCCGCGGAUCCGAGCUGCCCGCGCCGCCGGCUUACUAUCGGAUAAUAUGUUGUUCACACACGAGAAGAAUGCUGACCAAUUUGAUCUUCUUUCUUAUGGUAACAUGAGGGGACUAGACAGUAGUGGAAAUUCUGAGGAAUCCAAUUUUCGUAAUGGCUGUAAGGACAGUUCUUCAGUUUCUCCUGAGAACUUCAGCUUCCCUUGGCUCCCUGUCGAAAAUUGCCAAUCUGCCACACUAAAUCACGACAAGCGGCCUCAUUCUGAUGUCAACCCAUGCCAAGUUGCUUGCAAACGUCCAAAGCAAACAGACCACGAUGCCUGGUUAUAUUCCUUUGAGGAACACCCUUUCACCAGGGAGGCUGAAAUAUCUGCUUCAGCUUUGGCUGAUGAAUUAGUCAAGACCAGACAACUGGAUCACAUUCCUGCAAAUAAUGGUGCCACAACCUGCAGUGUUAGUUCAGGCAUCCCUUGUCCUAACCGUGAGCAAUCAGUUGGAGUGGAAAACUUACACUUACCUGAUUGGGUGACUUCUUUCCCUGGUUAUUUUGAAGAUUGUGGGCCAGUUGCUGGAUAUAACCUGGUUGAUGACAUUGAUUUGCCUGUUCAUGAGCACCUCCCUAGAAAGGCUGUGCCAAUUGGACCUGAGCACCAGGCUGACAUUCCAGAAUGGAGACCACGAGUCUCUGUGAGUGUACCUGGUGGUUCUGGUUUUUGUGCUGAUCUGGGUUGUAGUACUGCUUCUACUUCAGAACCUGUUUCCCGAGGUUAUGACUGUGAGAGUGACAAGUGGGUCAGGGACACUAUCAUUCCAAUAUCAUCCUGCUCAUCUCCUGCAGACUGGGUUGGAGACAACAAAAUAGAUUGUGACUGCAGCGAUGAAGGUUCUGUUAGGUGUGCAAGACAGCAUGUUAUUGAAGCAAGGGGAACUCUCAAAAUGAGCUUGGGACAGGACAAGUUUCGUGAGCUAGGCCUGUGUGAAAUGGGAGAGGAUAUCGCUCAGAGAUGGACUGAUGAUGAGGAGAAGCGAUUUGAAAGAGUUGUUUUCUCAAAAUCUGUCUCCUUGGGGAAAAACUUUUGGGAUCACCUCCCACAUGCAUUUCCUAGUAAAACUAGUAAGGAUCUUGUUAGCUAUUACUUUAAUGUCUUCAUGCUUCGGAAGAGGGCUCAGCAGAACAGGUCAGACCUGUUGCGAGUGGACAGUGAUGAUGAUGAACUGCAUGGUGACUCACCAGUACCUGGGCAGGAGGAAGAGGAUUCUGCAGUGAUUCCCCCUAAACAUGAAUAUUUCAUCAACAAUUCUCUGCCCAUAGAGGGUAACCAUAAAGAAUAUGAAGGAGAACAUAUUGCUGGACCUUCUUUCCAUGGGGACGAAAUUGAAAAUGCAGGUGAGUGCAGACAUCUACCAAACCAGAUGCCUCUGUAUUCAACUGCAGAGAAUAUAGCACAUGUCUACAACCAAAAUGAGUCGCGAGCAUCAUUUGACGGCUGACACAAUGGUGCUCGUGCUCCUAAAGGAGUUCAGUGUGCUGAGUUUUCGCCGAAUCAUGCUACAAGAAACCUUGGGAACCAAGGUGCAUCUAUGUAGAUGUUGUACAGAGAGGAUAUGUCGAAUAAUCUGGAGUGCAACCACAAGUUAUGUAAAAAGAACUGUGAGCAGCAAUCUAGUAAUGCAUAGCCAGAACUUCUGCAGAAGCUUGAAUAUGACAUCUACUUCAGACUGUUGCUCUGCUCGACUGGAAUUCUGCUCUGAGAUGCUGUGAUGUGCCGUGGCUCAUGUAGCUGAAACAUCCGGCCACUUAUCCAUUAAGAGUCUGUUUGGAUCAGCUAAAGUUGAGGGCUAUUAGUAUUUAUAUUUUUGCUAAAGUUUUUGAGUCUUGGCUAAAGUUUAGCUCACCCUAUUAGUACUCCUGUUUGGAUGGGCUAGUGCUAAAGUUUAGCAUUUUUGGACAUUAGCACUUGGAUCCAAACACCCCUAAGUGAACAGGGAUAAUGGAAGCCUCAUGGAGAUGUACAUUCUUCAGCAUGUCGAGCCUUUUUGCUGCAUUUUGUGAAGUGCAUAUGGAGCCAAACUGAGUGCUCGUUCACGGGGUUUUUGUUUCUCCCCCUCAUUCGUUGAAUUAAUACUGUUGUAUGUGCAAUCAAUUGUGCUGUGUCCAUGUAAAAAGCCAUUAUUCGAGGGAUGCCCAAUGUAUUCAUUUCCAGAUAUUGUAACAGCACGUUAUAAAGUUGCUGUUAUCCGGGUGAU